AUGCGUGCCUUUAAGGGCGAGGCUAGUGGCGUGCAUGGGAGUGAGUUGUUGUCGGUGUUGAUGCGUCCGAACGGUAGCCGGCCGGAGUUGGAGGAGAGUGUGGCGCAGGUGGUUACGAUACACACGGGUGGUGGCGGCGAAGUGACGGCUUUGGUGUUGGCGCCUAAGAUGGCGUUUGAAAUAGAGUUGGAGACGUUCGGCGCGAGUUGGAGACGGCCGUUGAUGGGGGAGACGACGAAGGUGGAGGUUGAGAACUACGACUGGUUCGAGCAGUGGGACCGGCUGAUGGUGUGGCGUCCAAUGGAGGGUCCUCCAAGCGACAGACGCGCGGAGGCGGCACUGCUGGCGGGGCUGCGGCGCCGUCUGGCGCGGAUCGGGCCGCGGGACAAGCCUGAGGCGGUGGAGGUCCUCUGUUGCGAGGUCUUUGGGGAAAACUUGCACGACCUGCACGCCAUCCUGAAUGGGAGUGGCGAGAUGCAGGAGGAGGUGGAUGAUGUCACCGUGGGUGAAACGCGCUCGAUAGACUUGUCCGAGUUGGCGGAGCUCUUGGCGCGGGUACCCGGGGACUGGCGGCCAGCCCUGCAGCGGUCGGCGGAGUGGAAGACGGCGGACUGGUCCGAGGACGUGGUGUUUGAGGCCGCACAGGCGAGGAGGACCAGACGCGGGGUGAAGCAAAAGACCGCGGGCUUCCUGGGGCUUGGAGCCGCUGUCUUACUCCUCGGAGGCUACCUGUUGAGAUCCUCCGGGUCGGCGAAGCCACCGACGGCGGAGUUGAGCGACAACCGGGACCUGGUGGCGACCUGCGGCAGCGGCAUCCUGCUUUGCGACACGGGUUGCAGUGGGGAUGCCCUCUGGCCACUCACUUUCGGCAGUUCCUGGCCCCUCACUUUCCCGCUAGCCUGGGACAUCGCCCACCGCACGUUACGGGAGCGUAUGCCGACGUGCCAAGUUCAUUGCAACACGGAGGAAGAGUCAGCGAUCGCUCUCGAGGAACGACUACUCUCACACUUCCCUCUUCAAACCCCGUUCAACAUAACCAUGUCGCGCGAGAACGAAGUUGAAAAAAUCCGCUCAGCACUAUCCACUCGGAGUUGUACGGGUUCGGGCUCGUGGGAGGCCGUCAGUAGGCUCACUCACUGCGUCUGCGACUUAGCCGCCGUGGGCUGCGAAGUGAUGACCAAAAGCGACCAGAAAACUCACGACGUUGCACUCUCCGACUUGGAAGCGUCCAUGGCCAGGCUGGCUGCCUCCUUCGCCGACUACUCGGGUGACGUCUACGAAGUCAAAAACUGCACUUAUGACUGCUGGAACCUGAGUCCGGAGGCAAGACAGACUGUAAUGGCAAACAAGGAUGCAACCGCCGCGUACCUUGCGAGCCUUGAACCAAGCACCAUACGUCCAAAACGUCCGGUGCCGGAAUUUAGUUAUUAUCCUGCAUCUGAAGACCUUAACAUUCUUUAUUUUGACUGA